AUGACAACCAUCUCUCCCACCCGCCCGACAACUGCAGCAUUGAGAACCUUUCCAACCAUCAGAGAACCAUCUCCAACCAUUAGAGAACCAUCUCCAACCAUUAGAGAACCAUCUCCAACCAUUAGAGAACCAUCUCCAACCAUUAGAGAACCAUCUCCAACCAUUAGAGAACCAUCUCCAACCAUUAGAGAACCAUCUCCAACCAUUAGAGAACCAUCUCCAACCAUUAGAGAACCAUCUCCAACCAUUAGAGAACCAUCUCCAACCAUUAGAGAACCAUCUCCAACCAUUAGAGAACCAUCUCCAACCAUUAGAGAACCAUCUCCAACCAUUAGAGAACCAUCUCCAACCAUUAGAGAACCAUCUCCAACCAUUAGAGAACCAUCUCCAACCAUUAGAGAACCAUCUCCAACCAUUAGAGAACCAUCUCCAAUCAUCAGAGAACCAUCUCCAACCAUUAGAGAACCAUCUCCAACCCAUAUCUGCUAUGUUUUCCCACCCCAUUCCGCCCAUGAUUCUCCAACCCAUGCUCUUCCCCUAUUCCUCCAGCCCAGCCUCUCCGCACUCUACCUUAUUCAUAUUCUACCUCUUCCCUACACAUUCUACCUCUUCCCUACACAUUCUACCUCCUCCCUACACAUUCUACCUCCUCCCUACACAUUCUACCUCCUCCCUACACAUUCUACCUCCUCCCUACACAUUCUACCUCCUCCCUACACAUUCUACCUCUUCCCUACACAUUCUACCUCCUCCCUACACAUUCUACCUCCUCCCUACACAUUCUACCUCCUCCCUACACAUUCUACAUCUUCCCUACACAUUCUACCUCCUCCCUACACAUUCUACAUCCUCCCUACACAUUCUACCUCUUCCCUACACAUUCUACCUCUUCCCUACACAUUCUACCUCUUCCCUACACAUUCUACCUCUUCCCUACACAUUCUACCUCUUCCCUACACAUUCUACCUCUUCCCUACACAUUCUACCUCUUCCCUACACAUUCUACAUCCUCCCGUCACACUUACUCUCACAAUAAUCUCCCUUUAA